AUGGUGACCAAAGACAUAGCAGUUCUACUGCUCUAUAUUGCUUACCAAGCACAAAUUCCAUCAUUUUGGAUCAAUGUCGCUGGCGUUGGACUGAUAUCUCUCUUUUUGGUUCUUUCCUUCAUGUUGGCACAGGUACUUUUUGCCAGUCGUCAAUUGACUUCGUUAUCGGAUGAGAGUCAAGAGGUUCUGGGAAAACCUCUCUUAUUUCCUGUGAAUUUUAAUCACAGGCGGUUCACCCCCACAAAGGAUCGGUUCAGAAACCGAUAUCUUGCGGUAGGAGUUCCUGUUGGGCUUCGAUGCCGCAUUGGGAACUUAUUAGCCAUCGAUGAUAGCUCUCUGGAUGUCUCUCUUCCUCCGGGAGAUUUUGAGAUGAAAUGGAAUCGAAUUCUCUCCCACUUGAGCUGCUGGUUCAGUGUCGACUCGACACGGUUUCUUCACCGAGGCGACCAUGGACUAUCUCUACGGGAGAAGUUGGAUCAGUACCUGCUCUCUCAGAAUGAGGAUCCUUCACAAUGGCCGUACGCAUACCUACUGGGCAUUCCCCAGUUUCUUGGAUGGUCCAGAAGUGUAGUGUCAUGGUGGUAUCUCUACGAUAAAAACCGGGAACUUGACGCGGUGAUUCUGGAAAUCAACAACUCCUACUAUGAAAAGCGGAACAUUUUAUUGCGAGUGAGCAGAGUUUCAGAAAAACCUCAUAGUCUGCCUGAUGAGACAAGCGAAGAGUAUUUGGACGAACUAAAGUUGGUGCGCUCUUUGCCAUCAGCACCUCGCUCUACUUUCUAUCAAGCACAAUGGCACAAGUACAUUUUCGCAUCUCCUUUUGAAAAGGUAGACGGUGUGGUUUCAAACAGGAUGAUGGACCCUCUGCAGCCGAGCUCCUGGAAGCCCAACACCUCAUUUUCAAACAUGACAACAAUGGAGGAAUCAGGCGAAGUGAGAAUGGCAACUCGCCUCACUUGUGAUGGACCACCGGUUGAUCCGACGAAAAUGAAUACUUUUGAGGCGGCAAGGCUCCUCUUCUUCUGGACAAUCCCAGGGAUGAUCACUACCCUGGUGAUCAUAUUCAAAGCCCUGAAAAUUCGCUUAAUGGGAACGAUGAAGAUGCACACGAAGCCUCCGGUUCGAAAUGGUAGCGUUGGCCGUCCAAUCACUAAAAUGGAAUUGGAUCUCGAACCUUUCUUUCGCAGUUAUUUAGCCAGUCACGUUGAAACUUACCCCGACCCUAUCGAACUCACAUAUCUGCCUUGCAGGUCAUUCACCAAUGAAACGAUAUGCAUGAGAUCACCUUCAUACGAAAAUGCGGCGCAUGUGUGUCGUCUUACAGUUGAACCUACUGAUCCAGGGUUCUACUCGAGAAUGAUCAUGUAUAUCGAUGUUAUGACAGCGUUGGCACAAGAAACACAGCCAACCGGGUAUGUCGCUGACCCAACAAGCCAACGACUGCUUGUAUCCGACGUCAACCUGCUUAUUUCAAUACUUGAACAUGCGCUCUCUGAAAAGGCUCGAUUAUCACGACACACACUGCCGUCUUGGAGCAAAAGAAAAUUCUAUUAUGUCCUAUCGCUAUUACGUGGAAGUUGUGGUCUAACAUUCAUGGAUGACUUCGCAUUGUCCUGUUCUCAGCCAUUGUCCCUUAGAAUAUAUUCAGUCUCUGCUGUGCGACUAUCAGUUGCAGGUACUUUUUGUUUUGGAUCUCUACUGCUUCUUGGGAUUUACGAGUUCCUUGCAUCUUAUAUAGUCCGAUGGCUGAUUUUGGAUGUUAUCUCAAGUUGGAGAUCCAGGGAUUUUUUUUCCCGCCCGCGAGUUGAGCCUCGACUGGAUUGA